ACGAAGGAUCUCCUCGGCUGCCCGCCCAAUGGCGCGGUCUAUGGCUACCACCGCCGCCCAGAUGCCCUCUUUUUCCUACAACGUCGCCGACGUCAACGGCCUCAAGGUUGCUACUCGCGAUGACGGACUCCCCACUACCGCCCUUUCCGUCGUUAUCAAGGGUGGAUCUAGAUACCAGUCUACUCCUGGAGUUGCUCACGCUUUGGAGAAGUUUGGUUUCAAGGACACAGCGGCCCGUACUGGUCUUCGUAUGACCCGCGAGUCUGAGCUCCUUGGUGGUGUUCUCUCUACCCAGCUCCACCGCGAGUCCAUCACCUACACCGCCCAGUUCACGAAGGAGCACCUCGCUUACUUCGUCGAGCUCCUCGGUGAUGUUGUCAGUCUCCCUAAGCUUUCUCCUUACAACCUUACCGAGAAGGUCAUUCCUCUCUUGAGGCUCGAGUCUGAGGCCGCUCAGGCCAACCCUCUCCACAAGGCUUUUGAGACUGUUCACCAGCUCGCAUUCCGUCGCGGUCUCGGUAAUGAGCUCCUCUCCGGUGGCUCCUACCCUGUCUCUAGGGAGGACAUAGCCAACUACGUCCGACAGACUUUCACCAGGGAGAACAUCGCCAUUGUCGCUUCCGGUGCCAACGCUUCCGAGGUUCAGCGCCUUGUCGCCGAAUGCUUCCAGAACCUCCCGUCCACGACUGUCGACGGUAAACCCGCUACCGAAGCUUACCCCGCUCUCGAAGGUGUCGCUACCAAGUACUUCGGUGGUGAGGCUCGCGUUGCUACCAACUCUAACAUCGCUCACUUCGUUGCCGCUUUCCCUGGUGCUUCCAACAAGAUCUCCGAGGGUGGUGCUGAGUACACCGUCCUCGCUAACCUUCUCGGUGGUACGCCCGCCGUGAAGUAUUCUGACGGUGCCUCCCCUCUCGCCGUUGGCGGUGGCGGCAGAGCCUUCGCCACCAACCUUGCCUACUCCGACGCUGGUCUCUUCAGCGUUGUUGUCGCUGCUCCUACCGAAAACCUUCGUAAUGCCGCUUCCAAGGCUCUCAUGAGCAUCAAGGACGCCGCCCGGAACGUUUCCGCCGACGAUCUUAAGAUGGCCAUCAAUAAGGCCAAGUUCGCUGUCUUGAGCGCAAACGAGGGUCGUGCAUCAGGAUUGGACAGUGUCGGUCGUGCCAUUUUGGAGAAUGGAAAGGCUGUGGAGACCAAGGACUUGGUUGCUGCUUUGGAGAACGUGUCUGCUGAGUCGGUGCAGAAGGCUGCUGCGAAGUUGUUGGAGGCUAAGCCUUCGGUGGUGACUGUCGGCAAGGUGCACAAGUUGCCUUAUUACGAUGAGCUCCUCUAG